CAUAAACGCAAAGUUCUUGCUUAGGGUUAGCGAGUUUUUCGCCAUCAUGUCGUACAUUGUGGAGCAAUUUGAAGAAAAAGCUAGGUUUAUAAACGAAAGCGAAGCCGAACUGAUUCGAGAGAGACUCGAAAUACUUGUAAACAACAUUGUAACCCAAAUGGAAAAGCACGACAGCCGAUUUCAGAGUACAUUGGUCAAGAGCGGAAGUGUUUACGAAGGAACGAAAGUUUGCGAGCCGAAUGAAUUCGACUUCAUGGUAAAGAUAACCCCUCUUACAGACAAACCAUCAAUCUUGCAGAGCUCCUGUGCGAGGGAUGGCGGCUACGUGCAGUUAUCUCUUGAGGAAGAUCAGUGGAAAGACUUCAGAGAUGAAAAGGGCUUCUUCAGCCCAUACUUGCUUUCCCGUCACUUCAAAAAACUUAUCAUGGAAUCAAUCUCUGAUGUGGAAACUCCGGAAGGAUUGAGCAUUGACAGAGCUCCCCAGGACGAGUCGGAGGGACGUUUGUGGCUCCAGUAUAGUGGAAUACUUUGUGACAGUGGCGAGGAAAAUGUAUCUGGUGUCACAUACUCCGAAACGCAUGGACCAUCGACGACCCUCGAUAUUCAUUGGAAAGGGGGCACAACUUAUGACAACUUGAAAGUGAAUGUGGACUUGACGCCAGCUAUCGACCUGCCCAUAUCCAGUCUUCCCGUUCAGCCCAUAACUGAUGUACGCCCCGAAGUACAGCCAAAAAUUCAAGGAAUUCUACAGAAGACUGGAUUCCAUGUCGUUCCUGCUGGGUUUGACGAGUGGCGCAUCUCGUUUUCUAAGGCCGAGAAAGAAAUUCUGGCCACUUCCCCUGACGGUUUUAAAGCAUGUUACAAAGUCCUAAAAGUCUUACGAGAUGACGUGUCUGAGAAUCUGGGAUUGAGGACCUCCUUGUUACCAUCGUACUUAUUUAAGACUGUUCUCUUGUCCCAGUUGUUCACCAAAGAUGUCCAUGCCUGGGAGAAGGAGUUCCGAUCUCAAAUGAUCAUCGAUGUUUUGGAGCUCGUUUUGCAAGCAAUAAAACAGGAAAAGCUUCCAAGUUUCUUCAUUCCCUCAUCUCUACUUCUAUCCAAGGCACAUGAGAACAGAUUGCGGGAAUGUCUCGUGGAAGACAUGCUGAACGAAGUCAAGGGCUCCAAAAUGGCCAACUCAUUGAUGGACGUUGAAGAGAAAAAACAACAGGUGAAGAUUUUACAACUAAUUGAGCUGUUGGAGUACAUAUUUUCGUGCCUUAAAGGUGGAAAGAAUCCAACUAAUGUUUGGAAAAUGAUGUUUGCCAACAUCGACAGCGUACCUGGAUCUCGCACCGCUACAGAAAAAUUUGACGUCAGUUGGAUCGAUAUCAUUGACGUAACCGUCACAGAACUUAGCCCAGCCGCCUACAGGAAUUUAAAGAAGACAAUGAACAUUUGGGAAGCCUUUGUACCGCUUUUUCGUGAAGAACUUCCAGUUAAGGAAAGACAACUGGCUCAAAAAUACCAAUUCCUCGUCUCCGAGAAGAUGAAGAGAUUCGAGGCCGAGCAGCCAGACCUGUCUAAAGAGGAAGUUCGACAAUUAAGAGCCUGUGAACUUGUAAGCGACUGGCUUUUUGUCCACGUCGUUGAAAAGUACAUGGAAAACGACAAUACGACUUUGUCAAGUACACAGAAAAUACUUCCUCUUGGAUUCUGUCUGCCAGAUGACAGUCCUUUUCAAGAAAUUGCAGACAUAGCCAUGGAAAAAGGCAGCAAAGAGGCACUGGCUAUUUUCGAGAAAGUUCUCAACAAGUACUUAUCAGGGAUUCCCGAAAUCUGUAUAAUGAUGGCCAUUGUUUAUUUUAUCAAGGAAACGUUUUUACAUUCAAAGGAAGCGCUGAAACUUAAACUUGAUCACAUCACUAUUCCAGGGCUAGAUUUGGACUAAGCUGUAGAAACUAAAAUAUCUCUUUCCUCGGCAAGGGAAAAGGUAGUCCUGAGGUAAAUCUGAGUGUUCUGAUUGGUUCUUACUUGGUCGGUAAGUUGGCAUACGGGGCCGUUUCCACGGAAACGUUCAUAAGCCGUGUACUGUCAGGAAACCAAAACUGUUGUUAGUCGGACCACUACACUGUAUUGGGGGAGCCGAAAACGCCCAGAAAAUAAGUAAAAAAAAUAUCAAAGGCGUUAUCCUUGAUUUCCGCCCAAAUAUUCGCGAACAAUUUUAAAUGCUUUGUCUCACUAAAUCUGACAUCAAGUUAUUGUCGCUACACUAUACAUACGCAAGUAUUUUUUCCUCCCAGCGUUAGGAUGUAAAUAGCCCAAAAUUGACAUUUUAUGUGCAAUUUUAUGUACAAUAUUGAAUAAUGAUUCUACUGACAAAUAAAAUGCAGUUGGUUACGAUAAAGAAAACGCUAAGAUAGAAGUAGUAAUAUAGAGACAGUAUAGCACCUAGCCAAUCAGAAUCGAGUAUUAAGGUCAAGUUAUUUUCGCUAGACUAUACAUACGCAAGUAUUUUUUCCUCCCAGCGUUAGGAUGUAAAUAGCCCAAAAUUGACAUUUUAUGUGCAAUUUUAUAUGCAAUAUUGAAUAAUGAUUUUACUGACAAAUAACAUUGCAGUUGGCUUCCUUAAAGAAAACGCUAAGAUAGAUGUUUAGAAAUUUGAUGGUAUUAAUAGUGAGACCCCACAGAAAUGCUGAACUGAGAUUGAGGAGAAGCCUAUUACUCAAAUAGAUGUACAGUAAUAAAUUUGGAAAGCUGAGGCACGCA